AUGCGCUUCAGCCAUCUCAUGACGGGCCUUGCGGCCCUGGCCAGCUUUGGGGGCAACGCCCUCGGUCAGGAAAGCCAGCUCAUCAAGCGCGCGUCCUUGACGCAGGUGCAGAACUUUGGCAACAACCCGUCGGGCAUAAAGAUGUUCAUAUACGUGCCGGCCAAGUUGCAGGCCAAGCCACCCAUUGUGCUGGUCCUGCACGCCUGCGCCUGGACCGCCACCAACUUCUUCGGCACGACCAAGUACGGCCAGCUGGCCGAGCAGUAUGGCUACAUUGCCAUCUACGGCCAGACGCCGACCGACGGAGCCUGCUGGGACGUUUCGAGCGACCAAAGCCUCAAGCACGACGGCGGCAGCGACAGCACAGGCCUCGCCAACAUGGUGCGCUACGCACUGCAAAAGUACAAUGGCGAUGCCAGCCGUGUUUACGUCACUGGUGAAUCUUCUGGUGCUAUGAUGACUCAAGUCAUGGCUGCCGCAUACCCCGACAUGUUUGCCGCCGCCUCCGAGUUCAGCGGCGAGCCGGCAGGCUGCUUCCGCACGGGGACCGUCCGCGGGUGGAACAGCCACGGCCAGUACCCGCGCAUGCAGGUCUUCCACGGCGACGUCGACACCACGCUAAACAUUGCCAGCUUCAACGAGUCGGUCAAGGAGUGGUCGGGCGUUUUCGGCUACUCCGGCGUGGCCUCCGCUGCCGUCAACAACAGCCCGGGACCCCGCCUGACCAGGUACAUAUACGGUGACCGGCUGCAAGGGAUCUGGGGCCACGGCUUCGGACACGUCGUGCCUACCAAUGAGACGGAGGCCCUGACCUGGUUCGGCAUCAUGGGCAACCGGGGCAAUGGUGGAAGCCAGACCACCACCAUGAUUACUACGACUCAACGCCCAACAUCGACGGCCGGUGGUAACCCUCCAGCUCCGACCUCGCCUCCCCCUAGCGGAGGCGCCUGCGCUGCCCAAUGGGCUCAAUGUGGUGGCUCGGGUUGGAGUGGCGCGACUUGCUGUCAGUCUGGCAGCAAGUGCACCUACUCCAACGACUGGUACUCUCAGUGCAUCUAA